GCCGCCGCCGGAAGUGACGCCGAAGGGAGCAGGAGCCGAGGCGAGCCCAGCGGCCUCUCUCCUUCCCCUCCCUGCGGUGACAUUUCCGCUCCCUCCCUGCUGGGCCGAGGAGGAGGAGGAGGAGGAGACGGCGAGGGCGAGCCGGUGGUGACGGAAGGAGGACACCCGGCCCCUCAUGCUCGAGCUGCUCCCUUCCGCGGGGCCUGGGGCCGGGAGGAGCCUCGGCGGCGGCGGCCCUAGUAUGAGUUUGGUGGUGAAAAACAGCCAGAAUGACAACUUUGGGCACUCAAGUCUUCUGUCCGCAGAACAGGUACAGCAGUGACAGCAGUAGCUGAAGGGUUGCUUUCCUCCUGAAGCCCUUGGCUAAUUUGUGCUGUCCGCUAGACUCUGUGAUCCAUGCUUUGAGACCAGGAGAGACUUAAAAAUUUGAAAUGAAGAUGGAGGCAGCAGACAAAGUAGAAGAACUCAUUGACCCAGAGGUUCCAUCAAAACUCCCAGAAAAACAAGAAGCAGCUCUGUGUGAAGAGGGACCUGUAGAACUAGAAAUGCAUGCCCAGAAAGAGAGCGGAGCUGCUGUGGAAGAUUCAACUGUGCUUGCUUCGAUGCCAUGCUUGCUGAUGGAACUGAGACGAGACUCGUCAGAAUCUCAGCUAGCAUCAACAGAGAGUGACAAACCAACAGCUGGCCGUGUUUAUGAGAGUGACUCUUCCAACCAUUGCAUGCUGUCCCCUUCUUCCAGUGGGCACUUGGCUGAUUCAGACACUCUGUCUUCUGCAGAAGAGAAUGAGCCCAGCCAAGCUGAAGCAACUAUAGAAGGAGAUGCUUCUGCAGUAUCAGGGUCUACUGUUGGGAGGAAAUCCAGGCGGUCAAGGUCGGAGAGUGAAACCUCAACAAUGGCUGCCAAGAAAAACCGGCAGUCUAGUGAUAAGCAGAAUGGUCGUGUCGCUAAGGUCAAAGGUCAUCGGAGCCAAAAGCACAAAGAGAGAAUUCGGUUAUUGAGGCAGAAACGGGAGGCGGCUGCCCGCAAGAAAUACAACCUGCUGCAGGACAGCAGUACCAGUGAUAGUGACCUGACCUGUGACUCAAGCACGAGUUCAUCAGAUGAUGAUGAAGAAGUUUCAGGGAGCAGCAAGACAAUCACUGCAGAGAUACCAGAUGGAGCUCCGGUUGUGGCUCACUAUGAUAUCUCGGACACAAAUUCCGACCCGGAAGUGGUGAAUGUAGACAAUCUAUUGGCAGCUGCGGUAGUCCAAGAGCACAACAGUUCUGUCGCUAAACAGGACACUGGGCCUACUUGGAGGACGAGAGGGCUGCUAGAAGAGCUGAAUGCUGAGACAGAUCACUUGAAUGCUGGAUUCCUGGCAAGCGGCAAAGCCCCCAGCAGCAACACCCAGGUCAAUGAAGAAAUCAAUAUAGCAUCAUCAGAUAGCGAGGUGGAGAUCGUGGGAGUUCAGGAACACGCCAGGAAAGAAGUGUUUCAAGCGGCAGGGGAGAAAAGCAUUCCAGACAUAGGGAGAAGUGAAAGCAGAGGAGGAAGUGAUGUGCCAGCAGAGGAGGAAGCCAAUGAGGUGUCAAAAGGCAAGGCAAGAAGCGAGAGCGAAGAACCGUUUGAGCAAAGAUGCGUCCAUCCUCGGGGAGGAGUGAUUCAGAGUGUGUCUUCCCGGAAACACGGAUCAGGCCUGCAGUGCACCCGGCAAUCUGAGCCAUGGACAGGUGUGGCCCCCCCGCAGAAUUGGUCUUCGCCGCCCGAAGUGGUGGAUCUCACGCUGGACGAGGACAGCAGGCGCAAAUACCUACUGUAAUGCUACUUCACUGUGUUUUCUAGUCACUUAGCCGCCUUCCUCCCUUUUGUGGCACAGAAGUUUCUGGUUAUCGCCUCGGUGUUCAAAGCCUCCGCUCUCCUGGCAUUCUGGAAUUCAGAGUCCUCCGGGAGGGUUUCCUCCUCUUCUGAACUCCUCCCCGCCCCCUCCCCGACACCCUCCAAUUAAAAUUGCAUCAUCAAGAACUUUCCUUGAGAUAUUGACCCCUCUGUAGUCAAAGGGAGCUUUCCCUGUUACGGAAAACUUAGUGGCACUGUACUUCAAUAACAACUUCCAGGUUUUUUUUUU